AUGAAGCAGUCCACAAGCAACGUCAAUUCAUCCUUAUCAACACAAUUAAAAUUAUUUUCUUCCAAAUUUCCUAAAAUUCCAAAAAAUUUAUUUCUUUUAUUAAUAACCUUAUUAUUAUUGAUAUUAUUUACUGACAAAAAUUCAGCUUUUAGUAUUCGAGAUGUUCUUGUGGCGAGGGGCGGGAAGAGGACAGCAAGUGGGGGAGGGGAAGAAUUAGUUCAGUGUCCGACUUGGCACCCCUUCCAAUGUCCUAACAGCGAGUGUAUUCCAAUCAAAUAUUUGUGUGAUGGAAGCCCAGAUUGUUCAGAUGAAUAUGACGAAAAUUCUGCAAUGUGCACAGCUGGUAGGGGAGAAAAAAGAAAUUUAAAAAAUAAAUUAUUUUUAGCAAUUCGCCCGCCAGUAGAAGAAACUGUAGCUUUCCUUAAAGCACUCCUUCAAGCACAUGGAAAAGAUUUUUUGGAAAAACUUUUUGGGGAAGAAGCGAGGAAUAGUUUGGCGGGGAUGGGGGGAGUGGAUAAAGUUGCUGUUGCACUUUCACAAUCUCCAACAUUAGAAGCAUUCGGAGUUGAAAUGAAAAUGAGCCCUACAGAAUUAGGAAGGAUGGCUUCUGUGCUACAAGCUAUUGCUUCUAGUGAUGAGAAUUCUGGAUUUACUCCAAAUGAGGCAGCAGAUUUCCGUUUCUUUGUGCAAAAACUUCAGGAAACUGGCUUUUUCUGA